UUCUUCCUUUAUCGCCCAACUGUCAAACAGUGACAUCAUUUUCGUGUUUGAAAAAAAAGAAAACAACAAACGAAACAGAAACCGGAUUGCGAAGCGAGCUGUGUGUUUUUCAUUCCAUAUAUAGUACAACGCACCCACAACAUUAUCGUUUCACCGUAAAGUGCAUCCGUCUGGUACGCCAAGCAAGCGCGACUCCUUCGAAAGUGCACGCGAGUCCGAAAAGGGGCAGCAGCAACAAUGUCCACGAACAGCGGUGGCAGUGCUAGUGGACACUACCCAGCGAAUGUAGCAGUAUCCAACUACCACGAUAUUUACGUUCAACAGCAGCCCGGCCAAGAAGAACUAGAUAGCACAAACACUAGCACCUCGGCACCACCGGUACCACAACCAACAGUGAUAGUAUCCUCGCAGUCGGGUACACAGACCAGAAGCGACAGCAGCUCUCUCUACUUUCCGACAGCUCCACCAGUCCCGUACAGUGAGCUCGGCGAACCGAGUACAUCACGCCGUGGAGAACCGCCCAGUUACGAUGAAGCGGUGGAUGUGGAAGCGCCACCACCGUCCUACGAUUCCCUGUUCGGACGGGUACGGGAGGCGCGCAAAUCUUCCCGGGGAAUUUUGGAUUUUUUAGUAAACAUUGUUAUUCUGGUGCUUGGCACGCUCGGUUGCACCAUCGCCCUGGGCAUUACGAUCGUCAUACCGGUGUGUAUGAUCGUGUUUGGUUCCAUCUACCUGUACGAUUGUCCACAGGGUGAAUACAUACCGGUGUAUCUGCUGGUCGGUGGUGGUUUCGGUGUGCUAAAACAACUGCUACACCUUUCCACACGUGUCCGUAGCCGGGAGGAACAGGAACUGGAACGAUUGCGACAAACACCGACGCAAACGCUCAUCAACUGCUUCAUGCUCGGUUGGUUCAUUAUUGGUUCGUUUUGGAUUUACCAAAUUUACGAACCGAACUACGAUCCGGCUUUGGGCAAGUAUUGCAACAAAUCCCUGUACCUGUUCACCUUCUGGCUCAUCACGUCCGUCUACAUGAUGCUGUUUGUCGUAACGAUCGUGCUGUGCAGUGUCAGCAUCAUUAGCCUAUGCUUUCACCGGCAAACCUAACCGGUACUGCCAAACAUUUCGACGGAUACGGGCCCUGCACAGCCUCACCUGACCAAUGCGCACCACUAGAAGCCAUUUCGCAUGGCUGGAAAACCGCCUGCGCACAUUAUACUUGUUGGAGAAGCUUUUGUCGUAAUUUUUCAUCCCUUUCUCAUUAUACAUCUCUUCUCAUUAAUACGAUUGAGAGAUCAUAUGUUGACGAAUUGUGGAAGAAAAGAAUCGAUGGAAACCCUUUUAAAAAGGAUUACAUUUUCUUCCGUUUGCUCCCUCUCACUGUUUUUUGCGAUCGUACAAUCGAUGUGAUCUGCACCUCUUAGCACACAACGUUGAAACAAACAAAUACGUUGAUCGUGUUUGCUUGCUUCUUGGGAAGUUGUUUUUUUUUAUAAUAAAGCCUUGAUGUGGUUAGUUGCAUUGGUUGCGACAAGUAUAAGUGUUGCACGGUCACGAAUCUGGGAAUUCAAUUUCCUUCGAGAAGAGAGUGAUCUCUUUUAAGAAUUUAACGGAUCGUAUCUUCGAUCUUCCACAUUGCUUUAGCCACAUUGAGAAUUUUUGUUCAAAGAGAAUUUGUCGUUCAGCUUAACGCUUGAUACCAAAAGAAAAUGAUGAGAUGGGAAUAUGUUUCGCUUAAACAAACGAAUAUAAUGAAGAACUGAUCUAGUAAAUUGCUCCUCUUUAUCGAUUUUGCUUUAAAUCGUUUUUCUUCCAUUUGUUGCUUUCUUUUCCACUGUUUGAAGCAUACUAUUCCAAUAAAUUAAGUUAAUUGAGCCCACCACAAGCACGUAACGGGUUGGCAUACAAAUUUAUCUCCCUUUUGUUGGUCACAAGCAAAGCAGAGACAGUUGAACACUUGUCCGUAAGGUCAUGCGGCAUAAGUAAUGCGCCAUUUCGUUGGUCUAUUUACAACCAAACUGUAAGCCUCGAAUUUCUAAGCAUGUACAAUGUGAAUAUGCUUCCUUAUGCUUUUAAAACGAGCCGUACGCCGUUUUGCAGCACGAACCUCCUCUGCGGUGAAAACAUACAAAACGCCAAAUCUAUAGUGUACAGAAACAAAACACACAAAGCUGCGUUCGGUGUCGCACAUGAUUUAAAUGUUUAGAUAUCUAUAUUAUAUGUAUUAUAUCUGUAAGCCAGUUAAAUACACAUACACGCAACGGUAAAGUUACAGUGAAAGCUUUCUGUCUUCGUAAGCCGCAUCACUGUGGCGUAUGUGGCAGCACUGUGUGUAUAUCUAUAUUUUUUUAAUCAUCCAUACCAACACCACAAUGAUAAAUGGUGUGUUAAAUUCUUAACGUUUAAUGAACUGUGUAAAACCACGAAGAUUAUACAUGCAUAUAUACAUAUACGCAAUCGAUUUAUACAAAAAAAGAGAUAAUAGGGGCGGCUUCAUGAAACAGACCAAAAUAAAAAGCAGAACUAACAACUAACUAUGAAGCACUAAAUAGUUAAACGCCAUUGGAAAUCUUGUGUAAUGAAGAAAGAUUUAGUAUAAACACUAACAAGAUACCUAGUAAUGGGUAAAGGAAACGCAAAGAACACACGAAAUUUAUAGCUCCUUUUGGUACUGGAACUUAAACCUACCGAGCAGAGAUGAAGGGUUUACCUUCCGGGCGUUACAUAUAAAAUGCAUAAUGCAUUCUACGGUCAGUACUGCUUGUUGUACAACGCUUCUCUUUCUCGCCAAUUCAGUACUACUGGUUUAAUCGGCCAAAAACAUCCUGAGGCAAACGAUGUUGUUAUAAUGAUACACGAUUCCAUUUCAUCUCACUGAUCAGAAUCAAUAAACAAAUAUUGGAGAGAACCCUGAA